UUUCAGAUUGGAGAUGAUGAACAGGGGUACGACCUAGAUUUGUUCUGUAUACCAAAACAUUAUGCAGAUGAUUUGGAAAAAGUCUACAUUCCUCAUGGACUUAUUAUGGACAGGACAGAGAGGUUGGCACGAGAAAUUAUGAAGGACAUGGGAGGGCAUCACAUUGUAGCACUCUGUGUUCUUAAGGGGGGCUACAAAUUCUUUGCUGACUUGCUGGACUACAUUAAAGCCUUGAACCGAAACAGUGACAAGUCUAUUCCUAUGACCGUAGACUUCAUCAGGUUGAAAAGCUAUUGUAACGACCAGUCAACUGGUGAUAUAAAAGUAAUCGGUGGCGAUGACCUCUCGACCCUAACUGGGAAGAAUGUCUUGAUUGUAGAAGAUAUAAUUGACACUGGUAAGACAAUGAAGACCCUCCUGUCUCUGCUCAAGCAGUACAAUCCAAAGAUGGUAAAGGUAGCCAGCUUGUUGGUCAAAAGAACACCUCGAAGUGUAGGAUACCGGCCUGACUUUGUUGGAUUUGAAGUGCCAGACAAGUUUGUUGUGGGAUAUGCUCUAGAUUAUAACGAAUACUUCAGAGAUUUGAAUCAUAUUUGUGUGAUAAGUGAGACUGGGAAACAGAAAUACAAGGCAUGACAGCACUCGUUCAAAUGCAAGAACUACAGGACUUUGAAGCAUACAUCCACAGCGUCCAUCUUUCACUGUCUUAGGCUCUGGACACCAGCUUAAAAAUUGUGGAGUGCUCCAGCCUUGUCAUUUGCUUGCUAUAACUUAUUGCAUGUACAGUAUGGGAACUUUGUCUUGUUGAUUUACAUUUGAGACUAUGUCAGUGCAAUUCUGCACUUUUGUUUCUUCUUUUUUUUAAAUUUGCACUAUGAAUCCACCGAUCCUAGCUUCUCCACAAUCCCUCCUGGGGAUUUACUCUGUGUUUCAGUUUUAACUCAGUUAUAAUUCGUCAUCUUCCUUCCUUUUAAACACCCUCAAACCAGAACUGAAAUAGUUAUUAUAAGUACUGUAAAUGUAUAAGGCAUUUUAAGAUGGGAAAUCUAUAUUAGUAAUAUUUUUUAAAAAAAUAAGUAAUUUAAGUUUUAUAUUGUAAUGAAUGCAGAAUUUGGGUGGUUAUUGGAUAGCUGCUCCAGCAUAGAAAUGAUGUGGCCUACACAAAAAAAGGCAUGAGUGGCCACUGUUGACGACUUCUAUGCUCUUGAAGGAGUAUGGAUGACCUGCUGACUGCUUUUUCUGGAGUUGCCUUACUGAGUGUGAAAAAUGCCAUUUUGGCCUAAAAAGAGAGUGAGUGACAAAACUGAAUGUUUAAGCAUUCCACUUAAUUUUCCACCUCUCGGAGGAUUGGUGGCCACUACCAACUUUCAGAUAAAUCCCACACAUGUGAUGACAAGAAUCCUCAAGACUUGCAUCUGAGGAGUUCCAGGAUUGUACCUUAGUUGUCCUGUUCCUUGUUCAUCAGUUUAGCAGGGUUGCCUUUUAUAUCUAACCAUCUUGUUGUAUUUUACAUCUAUGAACCACGAUUGUAAUGCUGACUUUUAUGAAGUGCAUCAAAAAAAUGCACAAUUAGGUAAUGGCUGUCUCUCCAAAGGUAGUACCUUUUCCAUCUGCUUAAACAUCUCUGGCACUUUUGACCAACAAUCGCCUCUUUCUAGACAUGGAAGCAAACUCUGGGCCAAGCAGUAAUGCUGCUAAGAUUCCCAGUAUCUUGUAGUAGGUAAAAGUAAUUGCAGUACUAAGGAAAGACAUGUACAGUUGUUUCUGGUCAGAUAAUAUUUCAACUUGUGCUCUGGCAAAAUAAAUAGCAAAAGAUGAACUGUUCAUUAAACACCCAUGUGUGGAAAA